CAUCCACGUAAACGGAUGUCAUUCGGUUGCCAUGGAUAUGACGGAAAACAAACCGACUGGCAGGGCCGUCGGUGGCCAUGCAAUGAGUCGGGAAAAACUCACAAGGGCGCUCGACGACCGCAAUAACCCCUGUGUUAAGGAGCAUAAUUUGACUCACCAAUGUUUGGACAGAAAUAAUUUUGAUCACGCAAUAUGUAGAGCCUACUUUGAGAACUACAAAGUUUGCAAAAAAUUCUGGGGUGAUAUAUCACUUCAACGACGACGUGCUGGGUUAAAGCCAUAUCUGCCAACUCCUGAAGAACGUCCAGCAAUCUUGCUGAGCAAGAAAUUAUAAGUUUCACUUCUUUGUGAAAAGUUUCUUAAAUAUUUUUUCUUUUUACUGGUGCUGUCAAAAGUAAUAAAAGUUGAUUUGAAAAACAAAAUUUCUUUGAUGUUCUAUCAAGCAGGAACCUGCUAAUGAUUAUUAUCAAUGUUAACUUUCAAGUCAUUGGCUAAGGCUUGAGCUUUGAAUGAAAAUGUAAUUUUUUCACUUAAAUUACGGUAUCAGUUUGACUGCUUUAGUUACAGAAUCAUUAGUUAAGAAUAAAGGUCACAUACAUAUUACUCACAUUAUUCAAGGCAUAUUAUCCUUUUCACAAGAGCCAUCUUUAAUGUUCUUACUGUGGAUAUUUUCUUAUUAGCUUAUCGCCAUUUUAUGUUAUUCUCAGAAAAAAAUUAUCUUCUGAUGAGCCUAUAUGAACUUGAUAUAUACUUACUGUCUCAUUGUCAGAAGGGAUUCAGUUUAUGAGACCUUGUUUUAAUGACUACCUACUAGCCAAUAAUGCUUUAUAAUUUGCUGCAUGCUAGUGAUUGAUAGUACUAACUCGUAAAAUGUUCUCUAUUGCUCACUGUAUGACAUUUAGAUGCUAAGCCUUCACCAGAUGCUUUCAGCUUUGUAAAUAUUGGAGAUACAAAGUAUUUAGCA